AUGGAAUCUGGGCCUCCUUGGGCGGCCAACCCUAUCCCUGGGAGCACCCUCUCUGCCCCCAAUGCCACCACGCCCAGGCCUGGCCGGGAUCAGGAGCUGGCCAAGGUGGAGAUCGGAGUCUUGGCCACUGUCCUGGUGCUGGCAGCAGGGGGCAACCUGACGGUGCUGCUGAUGCUGGGCCAGCGGGGCCGCAAGCUCUCCCGCAUGCACCUGUUUGUGCUGCACCUGGCCCUGACUGACCUGGGCGUGGCGGUCUUCCAGGUGCUGCCCCAGCUGCUGUGGGACAUCACCUAUCGCUUCCAGGGCUCCGACCUCCUCUGCCGGGCCAUCAAGUACCUGCAGGUGCUCAGCAUGUUCGCCUCCACCUACAUGCUGCUGGCCAUGACACUGGACCGCUACCUGGCCGUGUGUCACCCUCUGCGCAGCCUCCAGCAGCCCAGCCAGUCUACCUACCCUCUCAUCGCUGCUCCCUGGCUGCUGGCUGCCAUCCUCAGCCUCCCUCAAGUCUUCAUUUUUUCUUUGCGGGAGGUGACUCAGGGCUCCGGAGAACUGGACUGCUGGGCAGACUUUCGCUUCCCUUGGGGGCCACGGGCCUACAUCACCUGGGCCACCCUGGCCAUCUUCAUCUUGCCUGUGGCCAUGCUCACAGCCUGCUACAGCCUCAUCUAUCACGAGAUAUGUAAGAACCUAAAAGUCAAGACGAAGACCUGCAGGGUAGAAGGAGGGGGCUGGAAGACUUGGGGCGAGCCCUUGCCUGCUGCCCCAGCUGCGGCCACGCGAGGACUGCCAUCCCAGGUCAGCAGCGUCAGCACCAUCUCGAGGGCCAAGAUCCGAACUGUGAAGAUGAGCUUUGUCAUCGUGCUGGCCUACAUCGCCUGCUGGGCACCCUUCUUCAGCGUCCAGAUGUGGUCUGUGUGGGACGAGAAUGCCCCUGACGAAGAUUCAACCAAUGUUGCUUUCACCAUCUCCAUGCUUCUGGGCAACCUCAGCAGCUGCUGCAACCCCUGGAUCUACAUGGGCUUUAACAGCCACCUGUGGCCUCGCCCCCUGCGCCAUCUGGCCUGCUGUGGGAGUCCUGGGCCCCGGAUGCGCAGGCAGCUCUCCAACGGCAGCUUCUCCAGCCGCCGCACCACGCUACUGACCCGCUCCAGCAUCCUGCCCACCCUCAGCCUCAGGCCCAGCUUCAGUGGGAGGCCUGGGCCAGAGGAGUCACUGAAGGAGUCAGAGCAGGUGGAUGGGGAAGGCGUCACUGAGACAGGCAUCUUUUAG